AGGGGAGGGAGGUAAAUAUGUGACAGGAUGUGGUUUCCCUGAGCUUGCAGAACAUCGGCAUACAGGCAUACUUUGAGCAUGACCUAGACACACUGAGCUUACAAGUGUGUUUGAGCUCCGUUAGGUGGCGAGGGGGGAAGACGAAGCAAACCGCUGGAUCUGCCUCUGCUGCUGCUGCUGCUGAGCCUGCAGACGCUCUCUGUUUCUCUUUUACCCGCCUGAGGAUUGUGUUUUCCUCUAAGCCAACCGGCCACCCUCAGUGAGCUCGUCAGGACAGGAUCUGAACCAGUUCCUCCAUCCCCUCUUUCCCAGUAGAAUGCUUUUCUCUGCUGGACGCUCUGCCUUCGCCUCCAAGCAGUGAACUUUUCAACGAGAUUUCCGCGAAAAAAAACAAAACAGAGGUCCGCUCACAGAGAGACAGACACGCUGUGGAGCCAUGGGCUGCGGGCUGCGUAAGAUGAAGCCGUUGUCGGAGGAGAACAGUCCGGGGAAGAUUUACUCCACCCUGAAGAGACCACAGGUGGAGACCAAAGUGGGCGUGGCCUACACCUACCGCUACCUGGACUUCCUCAUCGGCAAAGACGGCGGGACGUCCACGCUGCGUCUCUCGUCGGUGCGGGAGCUGCCCGGCCAGCUGCAGGAGCUCUACCAGCAGGGCUUCGUCCUGGCGUCCGUUCACCCGUUCAUCCACCCCUGUGGUCCAGAGUCCAACAGCCCACAGCACCAGCUCUACCGGGCCAUCCUGAUCCGACUCAACGACGGGGUGGAGAGGAGCCAGCCUGUCUGCCCAUCGUACAAACUGCAGCUGGAAGAGUGUCUGUCUGCCGAGCAGGUGCCCACCCCAGAGCUCAUCCAGGGCUACGUCAAGAAGCAGAUCCAGGAUGCUGCUGACCAGGGGGUGAUGUUCGUGGGAUUUGUCCAGGAGCCCUACGGGGCCCCGUGCACCAGGAUCCGACAACCAGACACCCCCUCCCUUUCCCUGCACUCCAGCCCCAGCUCUGUGCUCGGUUCCCUGGGCAGCUGCAGCCCCUCGAACCCCUCAAGCCCCAAAAACCAGGCAGCACCUGGAGCUCAAGCGGACGCAGUGGACAAAGAUGGGAAUGAGGAGGCCUCAUGCGACGCCGGGGAAGGAGCGUCGACUGGGGAGAAGAAUCAAAGUGGGAACACUGGGAACCAUUCAGGGAGCGGGGUGGAGGGCAGUCAGGGCGGAGUCUCGCCCGUGGCUUCUCCAACACCGGAGGGAGAUCUGGAGCACAGUGAGGAGCUGACUGAGGAGGUGACGGAGGAGGAGUCGCCGAGUCACAACAACAACAAAGACAACGGCAGAGAUGCAAAGGAGAGGCCGAGAUACCGCCAGAGGAGGGGCGACGGCGUGGAACUGCUGGCUUUGUACAACCACCCGCCGGUCCGAGAGGGUCAGAUGAAGUACUACACUGUCAAGGUGCCACUGCGGGUUCAAAACUGUGAUGAGGGGGUCAAAGGCGUUGAGGCCAACUGGCUGGACCACAUGACUCAGCAUUUCAACAAUGGAGCCUCACUGGUCGAUGGAUACUUCCAUCUGGGCAACGGGAACGAUAUGCUGCCUAAGUCGGUGGAAAGCGUCUUCAUCUUCCAGGAGGCGAGCGAGGGCGAGCCCAACGCGACAACCCCGACGUACGAUGCCAUCGUAGUGGAGCAGUGGACCGUUAUUAACGGUUUGCAGGUGAAGGCAGAUUAUGUUCCCCUGCUGCAGUCCUUGGCUACGUAUGGAUGGAGGCUCACCUGUGUGCUGCCAACUCCUGUAAUCAAGACUAACAGUGAUGGAAGUCUGUCCACCAAACAGAUCGUUUUCCUGCAGAGACCCAUCUUGGGCCGGAAGAAGAGGGAAUCCAAGAAAUUGAUCUUCAAGCCCCGGAGCAAGUCCAACAAGAACUGCAUCAAAGACACAGCCAAGAACAAGAAGAAGAAGAAAACAAAGACCGAGAAGGAUGCAGACGAUCCCAAGAUUCUUGACGAAAGAGAAAAGGUUGAGAAAGAGGAAGACAAUAGUACGGAUGAGAGGGUGCACGCAACAGAUAUAGAGGCAGCAACAGAAAGUCAGACAUCCAAAGAAAGGGAGGUGAGGUGUGAGGAAGAAAGAAUGAUUGAUGAUGGGAUUGAAAUCAGCAUUGAAAAGAAAGAUGGAGGAGCAGAGACGGAGGACAAAGGAGCAGAAAAUGGCACAGUGGAAGAGGGAGGAGCAAAGAUAGCACUGGACGGAGUGGGAUCAAAAGAGAACGGCGAGCCUUUAGAGAACAGGGAGAUCCAGGAAGUGACGGAAAUCAUCGCGACCGUCGAAACACAGAGCGAGACCAAAGAGAAAGAAGACGAGGCCGUGGCAGAAGCUGUGAUCGAAAACGGGGUGGAGACGGAUGAGGAGAAAGACGAGGGCGAAGAGACCGCCAUCAAACGCAAGGCAGGAGAGCCAGCAGGCGUGGAGGUCAUCGCCAAGGAGAUAGCGCCAGACUCACAGGCCACACCGACUAUCGAAAGCCAAGAGAAGGAAGAGUAGCCCCAAGUAGUCCAAGUCAAGGUUUUUUUCCCCACCCUACCUCUAAAAAUCCCCCAUCGUAAGAACUGGUUCAAAGUCCCUGAUCCAAAUUAAAAGGGGUUCUGAUCCCCAUCGCUGCAGCAUUCUCCAAGCCUACCACGUUUCUUAGACAAUUCACCCGCAGCCUGCCGUAGUGUAGCCACAGAGAGAUUUCAUGCGACCGCAGAUAUCAACCCUAAUGUAUAAUCACACAUACUGAAUGUAUAUAUCUACAACAGAUGUUCAAAGUGGACACACUGGAAUAAAAAAAAGGAUGAGGAUGGACAGGGGGUUGAAAAUCUGGAAUGAUGCCAAGAUCAGAUUGGGCGCAUUUUCCUUUUGUUUAAGAAGAAUGUGAAACAGUUUAGAGGCGUGGUCACACCAGCAUCUAAAAACGGCAAAAUUAAUUUCCUUUUAAUGGAAUUGCAGAGAUGAUUUCGUUUGUUUGGGAUGAAGUUAUCUUUUAGUAAGCCAACCUGACAGUGUUAAACUUUGAGGUAACUGAGACUCGGAGAGCCAAAAUGAAGGAAGCUAUCGUAGCUUAAUUUAGCUUAGCUGUAUUGUGCCAUCCACUUUUAAUUCACCUCUUAUGUCAAAGUAUAAACCGCUACACAAAAGUGAUAGUUAUGAGACAGUAUUGGAUGCUUCAAAUAAGUACUAAACUGUGAGACCUUCUUGUUCCGAUAGCAACCGAGAUAAGCAGCUAAGUGACAGUUAGCAUUUCAUUAUUAGAUGAAUACAAUCCUGAGAACAGAAUGUGAGAGGGCAGUGAAAGGCCCCUUGAAAAACAUAGAAAAAUAAGAUUGGAGAGAUAUUGAGACUGACUUAUGCUAGAAUGUUACAUUAUCAAGCCUCUAAAUUAUACUGUGCCAUAUUCUGGUGUGACCAGGCCUUUAAGGGAGUGAGGAACGAUACAUGUGUAGAAAUAGAAGAGGAGUAGAACAGACAUUCCAAUUGAAAUCAACGCAGCAGGAAGGCCAUUUUUAUGUGGACCGUUGGCAUUGUGAAGUGGGCUACUUCGGUUUAAACUUCCACAUGAACCGACAUGAGGAAAGUCGCUGACAAAAAAAGCCUUUGAGUCUAGUGUGCGUGCUUUCAUGUAGUCCUUCCAUGCCGUCUGUCCCUUUUACACAUUGGCUGACGUGUGUCGUCACCAUGACAACCAACUACUUAAUGCCAUCUUCUUCUGAGCUAAUCAAAUGACACAGGCAAACAGCUCAAUGUCCGUUCUACUCCUAUUCUGUUAUUACCGUUACAUGAUUCUCAAUUACAGGGGUUUAUUACAAAAACUGAGAGAAAAGCAGCGAUCGAGGAUCGGAGAAAACUCUCUGGUUGCUUUUGAGAAACACAAAUCUAAUAGGUAUACCUCAGUAUAUCACCUGUUACAAGAGGUACUUAUACUGGGAGCAGUUCUUUUCAGUUUGUUAGGCAGUAGGAAAUACGAGUAACCUCAAAAAUCCAGGAGACAGAAUCGUGACAGGUCACAGUCCUCACCCACACCACUGACAAUUUAAGGACAGGCAUGUUUGUGUGAUCACAGACUGCAUCACCAUUUCCCGUUCUGUGCGUCAGAGUCAGUUUGGGAUGCGGAGGGGGAACUUUUGAGGAGGGCGCUGGUAGAGGUGAUGGGAAAGGCGUUUGUUGCGACAGGCAAUCCAAAGUAGGGUGAAGAGAUAAUUGUUUACGCUGAGCUCUAAGCCGUCAAGUGCUUCAAAGAGAGCCGAUAAUCACUCUUUGGCGUGGUGUGCUGAGCUCACCUUGCAUACAGAAUGUUCCAUAUUCAGAGCCGAGUCAGAUAAGGAUGUGAAACUCAGCUGAAUGUUUGCAGCUCGGGGGGGGAUCCACCUAGUUAGCUCUCACAUGCAGGAGUGAGGCUUUAUUUCUGGGUUUUUUUUCAUUACAUUUCCAGUCAACGGCCACAAACAAAAGCCCUCAUCAGUGCAGGGACAAGGUUAAGCUGUGUGGUCCGGACCGAGGCCUUGUUGUUUACAGGGAGACCAAAGCUGAAGAUCGAGAGACAGAGAGAGAAAUUGAGACAUAGAAAGAGAGCGUACGAGAGAAAAGGACCGCAGAGGAUAAGGGAGUCAAAUAAAAGAAAUGAAAAGGCUCAUUUAAAGUAACGGCCACUCACGCUCGGCUUUUCCCCCCGUUGAGAUUUCCUUCAUUAUUUUACCUCCAGCUCUUUAAGCACCUCUUUCCCCGACAUCAUUUCUUACAAUAACCGAGUCAUAAUGUGCCGUUUCAUGGCAUCGUGUAGCUUUCCAUUUUAAAAACGAGGGGAUGGGGGGUAUUAAAGGUGGGGGGAGGGGGGUGACGACGUUCACGUUGCGGAGCUCUCAUUAGCCCACUAAUGGGUUUUGUCAGUGGGGUAUCUGUCAGGAAUCAUGCAUUUAUAAUGCGGGUCACUUAUUGGGGCGUGUAUUGACAGCAAACCACCUCAACAUGUCCUGCAAACAGCCUUCAGAUUUAACGCCGAUGUCAUGGGGAAUCAUUAUUACUGAGGAGGAAGAGAGUGUGUGUGUGUUCAAAAUUUUGCAAAAAGAAAUUACCCACACUUCAUCAUACAAUAUGUCCGAAAGCCUAUUUAUUAAAAUGUUAAUGUUAAUCAAGAACGUAAACUACCUGCUGUCCUGCUCCACACAGAGUACAAUUCGUCAUAAUUUGGAUUUUUUGUUUUGUUUUAUGAGAAUAGAUGAUACUUUAUUCAAGAAAAAGUAAGUAAGAUCGAUUAUGCUGAACAAGUGCUCUCCUUAAUGAAUCCGCCCGCCGCUGAGAUUUUCAAUGUAAAAUGGCAAGUGAUUUUGUGUAGAGUAGUAUAUAAAAACUGUGACCAGCUUAGCCUUAUUACUAUACUGUAAAUGCCCCACGAUCUGCUUUUUAGAAAUGUCUUUUAGAGGCACAAGUGAUUUAAGUGUUCUAUGUUUGUUAUAGUCGAACAGGAAAGAUUUGCUACAGUCCGUGUUGGUAUUUUUGAAGCUGUUGUUCCUUGUUUUAUUACUGGAAUUCAGAGUGAGGGGGAUAACAAGUGUUUGUCUAUAUGAAGGUGAUAGGAGUUAUUUUUAAAAUGUUUUGAAUUUUUUUUACUAUCAUUAUUGUGAAUGUUUUUUUGGAGUCCAGAGAUUUCACUGUGGGCUUUGUGUUGCCUCUGCUGUUCCGCUAAAGCUUGCUAAAGAUGUAUUUCUGGCGCUUCGAGCUACCUCCAGAGGGCUGUUGUUGGUUUUAAACCGAGGGGGGUCACCGUGCGCGUGAACCCCCCCCACAAACAUAUGCUCCUUGUCCUCUCGCCCUCCACCAUGACGGAGUCAUCCUAAUGGCAGACAAAGGUCAAAGGUCAUAUUUGAGCCAGAAUGGAUUUCCCACAGCUGUACACAGGAGUUUGUAGGAGCAUGUGACAAAUAACCACUCUGAUAAUAUUGAUUUAGGAUAUGAAGUCAUAUCAUAAUAUUCUCUGUGGUGUUUUUCUUUUCCUUUUUUUUUUUUUUUUUUAUAAACUUCAUUCUCUCAGCUGCUUUUAGCUAAAGGCUGUUUGAGCUUUAAUAAGCACUUAUUGUAUUCAAGGAAUAUUUGAUGCAUCCCUUUUGCAUCAGAGCUGCUGGGGGAGCAAAUGAGACUCAGCUGUCACUUUCACGGUGUUUGUCAGGAUGUGACAAAAAUAUGAAUUAUGAAAAGGCAAUACCGAAAGACGCCUUUUGAUAGCUGACGAGAUCGUUGUGAAUAUUUUGACAAAUGUCCGCACUGGAUCCUGAUCAACUUAUUUCGUCAGAUUUAAUCAAUUUCUUCAUUUUCCCCCUGACGUCGAGAUAAACAUUUUAACUGUCAUCUACUGUAACUGCUUUAUGAAUGUGUUUCAGUAUUCCUGCCUUUGUCUUUUUUUUGUUGUGUUUUUCUAAAUCUGAAACUGUGACAUUUAUUCCCCUUUGGCAUCCGGUGAAAACAAACAGAUCAUAUUCCAUUUUAUCUAGAAAAGCAGAGUUUGAGAAAUCAGUUAAGCGGAGAGGUGAUGUCAUGUGACAUGACGGUGUUUUCGACUCCUACUAUGUUCCAGUUGGACAUCCCAAAAAACAAGGAUGGUCGUAACCUUGACAAGAGUUACAAACGGCCCUGCAUCCGCCUGUCCUACCUGAUAAGGGCUGAUUGGUGGCGGUGCAGUCUAACCUCUUACAUGAGUACACUUCAGGGACUGUGGGUAAUUUAGAUUUCCUUUUUUUUUCCUGGUAAAAGAAAAACACAGACAGGGAGAGAAAAGCGAGGCAGUAUCUCACACUUCAUCAGUUAAAUGAUGCUGAACCAUGUCCGUGAAAAAGGAGGAGACCUUUGAUUAAUGUUAGACUUAAAUAUACAUUUGCAGCUCUCUGCCCAUUUGUGUGCAAAAAAAAAUAAAAAAAUAAGGUUAUAUACAGUUUCCUGUCUUCUAUCAGCAUAAGUAUCUGAGCCUGGU